CAGCAGGUGUCCGUGCGCACGCCUGUUGCUGCGCACGUGUUCUCCCGCCGCCGUCCGGAUGACAGUUACAACCUCGGGAAUACAGCUUUAGCUUCAUGUGACCCUGAGGAGUUAUCAUGGCUGCCCUUGAUCCGCUCCGACGCUAUGCGUAUGACCGCGUCUCUCUCUGCGAGCCGAGCACCACCGGAGAGUCCCGCACGCCGCUGCCGCCGCCGCCGCCGCUGCUGACCGCCCGCCAGCACCCGACGCCGGCUUUGACGAGCGACCCAGGGCCGGGCAACAGGAGCGGGAGACACCGCGGCUGAUUAACCCGCCGACUGAAGGAGAAGGAGUGCGACAUUAUUAACGGGGCGAAGAGUUGGCCCUCGGACGGAGAGAUCGGCAAGAGUGUGGCGUCCCGGAGCCCCGCUGUCCCAUUCAUCAUCCUCUUCUCCUCUUCCUCCUUCUCCUCUUCUCUUUCCUCUUCUCUUUGAGCUUUCACCUCACCAAACUCCACUCUCUCCUCUUCCUCCUCCUCUUCUUCUUCUUCUUCUUCUUCUCUUUUAUCUAAAAGCCCUCCCUCCAUCCUUCCCUCUUUCUCUCCCCGCCAUGGCUUCUAAACUCAACCCCAACGUCCUGUACGUGGCGGAGCACGGUGACUCGCUCGGGUCGCCCCAAGCAGACUCUGAAAGGACUCACAUUGCUGGAGAGGCUGGAGAAGAGUCAUCGGACAGCGACGGGGAACAGGAAGAGACGUCGCACAAGCUGAUCCGCAAGGUGUCGACCUCGGGACAGAUCAGGGCCAAGAAAAGUGUGAAGGAGGGAAUCCUGUUAAAGCAGACCAGCUCCUUCCAGAGAUGGAAGAGGAGGUACUUCAAACUCCGAGGGAGGACCCUCUACUAUGCCAAAGACUGCAAGUCUCUGAUUUUUGAUGAAGUGGACCUGUCGGACGCCAGCGUGGCCGAGACCAGCACCAAGAACAUCAACAACAGCUUCACGGUGAUCACUCCAUUUCGCAAACUAAUGCUAUGUGCCGAGAGCAGGAAGGAAAUGGAGGACUGGAUCGGCGCUCUCAAAUCCGUCCAGAAGUGGGAAACCUAUGAGGCCAGCCAGUUCAACAUGGAGCAUUUCUCCGGGAUGCACAACUGGUACGCCUGCUCGCACGCCAGACCGACCUUCUGCAAUGUCUGCAGAGAGGCUCUGCCAGGCGUCACCUCCCACGGCCUGUCCUGCGAAGUUUGUAAGUUCAAGGCUCAUAAGCGCUGUGCCGUUCGCUCCACCAACAACUGCAAGUGGACCACGCUGGCCUCCAUAGGAAAUGACAUCAUCGAGGACGAGGAAGGGGUGUUCAUGCCCCACCAGUGGCUGGAAGGCAACCUGCCCGUCAGUGCCAAAUGCGUGGUGUGUGACAAGAACUGUGGCAGCGUGCGGCGACUGCAGGACUGGCGCUGCCUCUGGUGCAAGGCCAUCGUCCACAACAGCUGUAAAGAACAAAUGGGGAAGGUGUGUCCCCUGGGUCAAUGUCGAGUGUCAAUCAUUCCUCCCACUGCACUUAACAGCAUCGACUCGGAUGGCUUCUGGAAGGCCACCUCGGCGUCGUGCACCAGCCCUCUCCUGGUCCUCGUCAACUCCAAGAGCGGAGACAACCAGGGGGUGAAGUUCCUCCGCAAGUUCAAGCAGCUCCUCAACCCGGCUCAAGUGUUUGACCUGAUGAACGGAGGACCGGAGCUCGGCCUCCGCCUCUUCCAGAAGUUUGUGACGUUUCGUAUCCUGGUGUGCGGAGGAGACGGCAGCGUGGGCUGGGUGCUCUCAGAGCUGGAUAAACUCAACCUCCAUAAGCAGUGCCAGCUGGGCGUGCUGCCUCUGGGAACAGGUAACGACCUGGCCCGAGUGCUGGGCUGGGGAGGCCUCUGUGACGACGACGCUCAGCUGCUGCAGAUCCUGGAGAAGCUGGAGAGAGCCACCACCAAGAUGCUGGACCGGUGGAGUGUGAUGACGUACGAGGUUCCUGCCACCACCAAACGCACGCCGAUCGUGAAGGAAGACGACAGCCUGGAUUCACCUCUGCAGGUCCACAUCACUCAGUAUGCAGACUCCGUGGCCUCCCACCUCGCCAAGAUCCUGGACUCGGACAAACACAGUGAUGUCAUUUCCUCUGCCAAGUUCCUGUGUGGGACGGUGAAUGAGUUUGUGGCGGAGGUGGGGAAGGCGUACGAGAGAGCCACGGAGAACAAGGAGGAGGCCGAUGCCAUGGCAAAGAAGUGUGCCUUGCUGAACGAGAAGCUGGAUUCCCUCGUGAAGGCCUUAAGUGAGGAAGCGGAGGCCCAGGUGGUGCCGGCAGGUUCAGUGCCCAGCCAGGACAGCAGCAGCCCCGGUGAGAGCGGCGGUGAGUCGGGUUCAGAGGGUAAAACGUACCGGUCCAAAGAGCAGCUGAUGCUCCGGGCCAACAGCCUGAAGAAAGCCCUGAGGCAGAUCAUCGAGCAGGCGGAGAAAGUGGUGGACGAGCAGAACCGACACACGCAGGUCCAGAGGAUGUCGUCCUCGUCCUCCAUCAAAAGGGAAAACAGCGAGGAGCUGAAGGACGCUGAGCCACGUCAAGGAAGUUUAAGUCCAACCUCCCCCAUCGUCCUUGAGAAACCAGACAGCCUCAACACCGUCACCUUCAGCGAGGAGUCUGUACAAUGUUCGGAGAAGUGUGUGAUGAACAACUACUUCGGCAUCGGCCUGGACGCCAAGAUUUCCCUCGAGUUCAACAACAAGAGAGACGAGCACCCCAAAAAGUGCAGCAGUCGCACCAAGAACAUGAUGUGGUACGGAGUGCUGGGGACUAAAGAGCUGGUCCAGAAGACGUACAAGAACCUGGAGCAGCGAGUUCAGCUGGAGUGUGACGGUGUUCCCAUGUCCCUGCCGAGUCUGCAGGGCUUGGCUGUGCUCAACAUACCGAGCUACGCAGGCGGUAUCAACUUCUGGGGCGGCACCAAGGAGGAUAAUAACUUCGGCGCUCCGUCGUUUGACGAUAAGAAGUUGGAGGUGGUGGCGGUGUUCGGCAGCAUGCAGAUGGCCAUGUCCAGAGUCAUCAACCUGCAGCACCACCGCAUCGCACAGUGCCGCCAGGUGAAGAUCACCAUCCUGGGGGAGGAGGGAGUCCCGGUGCAGGUGGACGGAGAGGCCUGGAUCCAGCCGCCCGGCAUCGUCAAGAUCGUCCACAAGAACCGGGCGCAGAUGCUCACCAGAGACAGAGCGUUCGAGAGCACGCUCAAGUCCUGGGAGGACAAGAGGAAGAUCGACAGCUACCGCGCCAGCCGGCCACGCCUUAACUCCCAGCAGUCCAUGGAGUACCUGACGGAGGAGGAGUGCGCUCAGGUCCAGCAGCUCGGCAUCGUGGCCGACACGCUCAUCAGCAAGAUCCGCGAGGCAGCCAAGACCCACAAGCUGGUGGAGCAGGAGCUGGCUCACGCCGUCAACGCCACCGCCCUGGUGCUCACCGAGGCCAAACUGUCCAGCCCCGAGUGUCUGAGCCGCAGCACGGCGGUGGAGAUCGUCAACAGCAGUAAAGUCCUCCAGGCUGAGACCAGGAUGCUGCUGGAUGGAAAACUACUGUCGGACUCUCCGGAGGAAGAGGAGCUCCGGUCGACUCUGAACAGCCUCAGCGCCGAGCUCCACAAGCUGGACGACAUCCACUGGAUCUGUCCGCUCAUGCAGUGUUCAGAGGAGGACUCGGUGAGGAGCAGCACUAAGAGCAGCAGCAGCAUGAAGCUGAAGAUCAUCCCCAAGGUGAAGAAGGAGAGAGAGAAGCUGCACAAGCAGAAGUCCAACAGCUCUCUCUCAGGAACUUGGGAAAUCAAAGGCGGCCCUGGUGAGGCAGACUCGUCGGGUAACUGAAGUCCUGCAUGUGGAGCUUUACUGCUGCCUCCCUGUUAUCACCAGGGGUGAGGAGCUCCCCUCCUGUUCUCCUCCCCUCUGACCGAGAUUCCCAGUGGCCUGACGGAGGCGUGAGGACGAAAAGGAAAACCAUCUUUGCAACUUUUAUGCUUUCUCCUCCCUGUUUAACUUCUCUACCGUCCAUCCCGCAGGGAGGAGUUUCGUUUCUUCUCUUUUUAAUUUAUCGUUUUUUUGGGGGUUUUUUUAAGGGGCCUGGCUUUGCAUCGCUUCACCAUUAGCAUUCUGCUUCUGGUUCUGUUUACCUGCUUGAGUUAAGGAAGUGGCGUCAGCCAGCAGCGAAUCAAACAGAGGACACGGGGAGGCGUGGAACCAAAGCGUUCUCACAAACUUUAUCUUUUCUGGGUUUUUUUGUUUUGUUUUUUUUGACGAAGAAUUGUGUUUACGUGGCGCUCUCUCUCUCUCUCUCUCUCUCUCCUUGCAUGCCGAGCGCAGCCAUCUUGUUUUCUAUCUAUCAUGAAUUGUUACGAUCUUUUAAUUCUCUCUCUCUCUUAACUCUAAAUCGUUUUAUUUCUCAACUUAAGAAUAGCCUUUUGAUUUUUUUGCUUUUCUUUUUCUCGAGACUUUUUCGUGAGAGUAUUUAUUUCCUGUUGCUACUGCCAUGAGAACUGAAAACGGCAACAAAACGAACAAACUGAAGCAUCUCAACCUUAUCGUUUACUGAACCGGGGAAAUAUCUUAAAUGUUGCAAAAAAAAAAAAAAAAAAAAAAUUAACCGAGGAAUGUACUUGUGUGGACUUGUAUUAACCUGUGAAUAAUUAUGUUAAAUGAUAAAUGAUAUCAGAUUUCACAAAGGUUCUACUGCUAUUGUGGUCUUAAAAAGUGGUUCUUAAUAGGCUGUUGUCUGACUUGUGAAGCCGCGCUGCGAAAAAUAAAACUUCCUUCACGGCGAGUCGUCUCAUCCGGAGGUCCGCCGCUCGGUCGAUUCAAGAACCGGAUCUUGAGGUUGCGGCGCCAGAUGAAACGACUCGGCGGUGGUAUUUUUGCAGUGUUUGGUGAAGGUGUUCAGAGAAGGAGGAAGCAUCAAGGACGCAUCAAAACAUUACAGCUACUCAGUGUUUUACUCCUACUUUGCCAUGAUUGCUCCUGAUUGUAUAUGUGAUAUAAGAAUAAGAGUCAGUGGAUAUUUUGAUUUUGCCUCGUCUGUGGUUCAAAGCUAUUAUUAUCAUUAUUGUUAUUAUUAUUAUUAUUAUUAUUACAAAUAUCUAUUUUUUUGUAUAUCUUAUUUUCCCAAUGGUAAUCUGUGAAGCUGUCCGGCUUUGCUGCUUCCCCCUUUGACAAACUCCUUGGCCACUGUGCAUAUAAUCGAAGCCAAUUAAUGCUGUUCUGUGUGUCCCUGCAUGCAAACUUAGCCUUCCUUCGCCUCACAGUGAGGGCUGAAGUUGCCUCAAAGUGGUAAAAAAAUUUAGCUUUUUCCAUUCCGACCAGCAGCAUUUUGGUAAAUAUUGUUUGUUGGAACCUGCUCGUUGUCCCCGAUGGUCUUGAGUUUUACCGCGAGGGAACACUUAUUAAGCAAAAAACUCAACUUGAAUAUCCGCUAAACAUUUAAACUGUGUUGUUCAAACAGAGAAUUGAUUUACACCAAGCAGGUUUUAACAAACACCAAACACGUGAUUUUUGGACGCAUCUGCUGCUAUUUCAGGAAAGCCGCUAAAAUAUUGUCGUUUACGUGCUCGAGGCAACUUCUACCCGGGUUUUACAGGAAUGUUCUUAAAAAGUAAUGGUCAGAUGUUUUAAGAAAUUCACUUAUUUGUUGUGUUAUUGCAACACAAAUAGGAAAAAAUAAUAGUUUUAUUUGUUAUUUUGCACUCAGUGAAGAUAUAGAAGGAGAAAGCUCCAAGACAAUGUACACUAUAUGUGUGGGAAACACUGGAUAACUAGGCGUGCCUAGUUAGCUUAGCUGAGCAAAAAGAAAAAUGGAAGGAUUGCCAGUUUAGGAAAUGUACAUAUUUACUGUAUUACUGCAACUACUGAUAAGAAAAUUGUAGGUUUUUUGUCUCUUAGCAUUCAGAAAAGUCAUCAGAAGAGAGGGAAUCGAAGAUAGCUUAGCAAGAAGAGUAAUGGAAGAAUUCCAAUCAGGGAAUUUGUUUUGUUUUUUGUUUUAGUGUAGCAAAAGUGCUAACAACUUCGCUAUGAUGAAGCUAAGAAAAGCUCCAAUGUAUCAACAUGUUGAUGUUAAACCUUUUCUUUUACUAAAACAUAGUUAUAUGUAUAGUUUAUAAGACAACUUUGUAAUUGUUGGAAGUUGCUAACAAGCUAAAUAACAAGGCUAGUUUCCUCUGCUACCAGUGCUUUCAUCAUAAGAUUAGCUUAUUUUACAUAGUUAUUUUCAUUUAACGCUCCUUAACACAGCAGAAGUGUGAAUUUCUUAAAAUGUCAGGGUAAUUUAAACUUUUUUAAUUGCCAAGAUUUAAUAAAGAUGUGUUUUUUUUCGCCUGUCAAGAUUAAACCUGAGUCAAACGAGUCUGAGAUGGAGUACAUUGCAUUUUAAAGGUACUAUGAAGAAAAGAAAAGUUUAUUACCUCACACACAAUUAACAUAAAGUUGAUUUUUGUGUUGUAUCUCCGGCACUUUCAAAACUACCAACAGUGGGACAAAAUGUUAAAAGUUAAGACACUUUGACUCGGGUCUGAUCAAGAAGGACAAAGUUGUGAUUUUCGAGCUUUAACUUGGAUCAUUUCUGUGCUUUCACCCCUUCACGUGAAGGGUUGUUUCUACUUUUUUUUUAGUUAUUUUUAUCGUCCUACUAACCCAAACUAACCCUCGGUACAGCGGAGUUACUGUGAGGCGUCGUAGAUGUUCAGCUCUGGUAGAAUUGUGCUACUGUAUCCAUAGUGUGCCAGCUAUUACGCUCUACACCUUAGAGGCUUUAGUGGUGUUGUGCCAAGUUUGUACUGAGUUUAACGAAGACACACGAGGCGCGCGUGUGCGAGCGCGUGAGCUUCAGAUGUGGAUGAUGACGACGACGACGAUGAUGAUGUUGUAUGUCGUACAUUUCAAAAGUUUACUGUAUCUUGCCUUGCACUUUACGAAGAAGCAAACUUAACAUGGGGAGAGAAAAAAAGACAUUUUGUGUGCAUGUGUGCGUGUGUGUUUUAAGAUUUCGAGUGUUUUUUUGUUUUUUUUUUAAAAAUUGAUUUGAUGACGAAAAAUCUUUUUAUUUAUGAUAAAUGUGUAACGGACAAAAAGUGUGUUGAUAAAAGAAAAAAAAAUGUAAAAUAUCUAACCAGAUGUAAAAGAAUGAUAAAUAUAUUAAGAUGUAUACGCAAAAUGUUUAUGACAUCAGUGGUUGUACAUCGACUCCCACAGCAGCUUUGAAUUUCUCGCAUUUAACGCCGAUGUUCUUACAUGUGAUCAUGUGUCGAUCCACUGCCACAGCAAUGUCAUUUUAAAUGUCUUUCUGAUGUUACGCCAAUUGGUAUUGAUUAUUAAAGUAAAGCCAAAGUUAUCGGAGCUCUCCAGUGUUACCACAGACUACUAACCAAUCGUUUACACACACACACAAACAAAAAAAAAAAACAGAUGUCAUACUCGGCCUGUGUUUGGCCAAUAUUUGGUUGAACUUUUUAGUGUAUAAUUUCAAAAUCGUAACAUCUAUUGAGAAAGACUACGUUGUGCUUUAAAAGCAUUUGUUGUGCAAAAAAUGAACAUUUUUGGGAUAAAAAAAAAAAGUUGCCUAUGUUCAUCAUCUUCUAACCAACUGCUGUUAUCUUUUCUAAUUUAUUUUCUAAUUUUUUUGUGAAUGUUUUUUUUUUUCAAACAGCAAAAAUGUCUUUUUUUUUUUUUUCGACUGAAACUCUUCCGAGGAGUUAAAACAGGAGCUGAGAAGAAAAGAGGAAAAAAAAAAAAAUGACGGCUGAGAAAACUGAAAUUUACAAACACACCCCACACCGCGUUUGUGCAACAGUAUUCCAUAGACGACAUUUUGUGAACGCACCCCUCUCUGAUCUGAACAGCCUAUAUAUUGAGACUGUGUGCGCCAAUGCUGGAAGCCAGACUAGAUGUUGCACGACCUUGUACGUUGCGAGGUGUUUUAUUGUGUUAUCGUGUGCAGUGUGUAACAAAGACAAAGUCAGCGCAACCCUUUGGAGAUUAAAAUGAAUUAUUGAAGUGU